GGAGUUGCCCAUGUCUAAUACAUUGAGUAUUCGAAAUAAAAGGCCUCGAUAAACACGUUUAAUUUUAUUUCAUAUUGGCAUUUCAAAUGGCUUACUCUAAGAAAAGCGUUUAUUUUAGUUUAUUAAUAGUGUUUGAAUUAGUAAGUGCAAAGAUAAAUAUAAAUGUUGAAUGUGGAAGAAAUGCACGUGAUGUAAAAGUGACACAUUCAGGUACACACGCGAGAAUUGUGAAAGACGCUGAAUUAGGUCUUUUUGGAAUAAGAGAAGACCAAAUAAUAAGACAUUAUGCUCCUGAAAUAAGCAUUGACGACUUAAUAGAUGCUGAUAUUUUUUUACCCAUUUCCUACAACAACCAGACACUCUGUGACCAAUUCGCACAGAAUAAUUUGUGCCCAGUGUAUACGAUUUUUGAAGUAAAAUCAGCAGAAGUCAUGGAAAUCACUUCUGAGCCUUCUAUAGUACAUGUUCAAGACUUCGAAAAUAAAUUCAGUAAUAAAAUUAAAGUAAGCACUGGAAUUAAUCAAUCUGUACAAACAUCUGUUACAAGAUCAUGGACUAAUAGCACAGGCACUGAAUAUACUCGAGACAUAAAAUGCGGAUUAGAAAUAAAAUUUUUUUCAUUAUCCGGCGGUAAGACAUAUUCGUACACCUCUAGCUUUGGCGAGAGCUUCGAGAAAACAGAGACGGUAACAAUAGGUUCUACAAGCGAUGUGGAAAUAGAACUAAACCCAGGACAAGCUUGUUCAGCGGUCCUAACAGCAAAUAGAGGGUAUAUAAACAUUAAAGUUACAUACAUUGCUCAUUUGAAUGGUACAGUGAUUGUGUAUUCUAAUGUGUUGCCAGUUGACGACCUGUUUAAAACGGCUGAAAAAGUGAAUGAAAAGACUUUUAUUGAAAUUAUUAAGAUUGGGUAUUAUACAAACGCCAGUUUGAAGGUUUAUGACAAGUUAUCGGGAGCUGUGAUGAAUUAAACAACGAAAUCAAGAAAAUACUAUGUAGUUCUAUUGAUUAAACCAGAUUAACUUAUUUGACAUGAAAAGAACAAAAUGAAAGAUCGAAUGACAUGUAUGACGAGAAGGAAUGUGCCUGUACGAAUGAAUUAAUGAAUCUAGUGUUGUUUACAGGCGACUUGCGUCCUUAAUGAAGUUCUUUAAUAAAUUUAUCAUGAAAGAAAAUUAAUCAGUAAUACUACACAGUCAGAAACACUAGUAAAAAUCUAAAAAUGAAUGCAGCCAUCAACGAUGAAAUGGCGGGUUUUUGAAGUUACAAGUACAGUGUUCACAAAGAUUAUUUUUUUUUUAAGUGUAUUAUGAAGAAAGAAGUAGUGAUGAAGAAAGUUAGAACUAUUUCCUUAUUUUAAA